AGCACGAAGCAGUCUCCCAGUCGGUGUGCUUUCUCUGAAAAUUGAACUUGUUACAUUUGGAUGUGGCCGCAGAAAUGCUCCGCGUUGGCCAGGGUACCAGUGAAUGGCGGCGCUGACAGACUCUGGGUUUCCCCCAAUCCCCCAUCGUGGGAGUCCUGCGUGAGUACAGUCGGCGCUGCCGGAUCACUCAGCAGCAGCAGCAGUAGUAGCAGCAGCAGCAGCAGCACUUUAAGCAGAUUUGGUUUACGAUGCUAAGGAUCGGAUGUGUGGACGUGGGUCCAUUUUAGGCGAAUUAAUUGGGAUUUAAAAAGAGAGAGCAGCCGGCCAUAAUCAAGACCAACAACUGGCACCCACCCCCACCCCCCAAAAAAAAACAAAACAAUGGCGACAAUCAGGUGGAACCGGAGUUGUCUCAUCUUCCAUUUUCUCCUGUUCUCCUCCUCCUCCUCCUCCUCCUCCUCCGGACGGGUGCUGAUUAACCAGGAGUAUAACACUUUUAAAUCUGACAACCCAGACUGGGUCUUCAACCACUUGGUGGUGGACCAGAGGACGGGCAGCGUGUACCUGGGGGCGGUGAACAGGAUCUACAAGCUAUCCAGCGACCUGCAGCCCCUGGUCACCCACCAGACUGGGCCGGACGAGGACAACCCGGACUGUUACCCUCCCCGCAUGGUGCAGCCCUGCAAUGAGCCGCUGAGGCUGACCGACAAUGUCAACAAGAUGCUGCUGAUCGACCAGGGGGAGCGGCGCCUGAUCGCCUGCGGCAGCCUGUACCAGGGGAUCUGCAAGCUGCUGCGGCUGGACGACCUCUUCAAGCUGGGCGAGCCCUUCCACAAGAAGGAGCACUACCUGUCCAGGGUCAACGACAGCGGCUCCGUCUUCGGGGUCAUCGUCUCGGACCAGGGCUCGGACGCGAAGCUCUUCGUGGCCACGGCGGUGGACGGGAAGCCGGAAUAUUUCCCCACCAUCUCCAGCCGCCUGCUCGCCAGCAACCCCGAGGCGGACGAGAUGUUCUCUUUUGUCUUCCAGGACGAGUUCCUGGCCUCCCUCAUCAAGAUCCCGUCCGACACCUUCACGGUCAUCCCCGACUUUGACAUUUACUACAUCUACGGCUUCAGCAGCUCGGCUUUCGUCUACUUCCUCACCCUGCAGCCCGAGCUGGUCAACGCUGGACCCGGCUCCAGCCGCCAGCAGGUUUACACCUCCAAACUGGUCCGCCUGUGCCAGGCUGACACCACCUUCAACUCCUACGUGGAGAUGCCUAUCGGCUGCGUCAAAGAAGGCGUGGAGUACCGCUUGCUGCAAGCCGCUCACCUGUCCAAAGCCGGCCCGGUCCUGGCCAGGUCCCUGGGGAUCCACCCUGACCAGGACGACGUGCUGUUCGCCGUCUUCUCCAAGGGGCAGAAGAGGCGCAGCAAAGCCCCCGACGAAUCCGUCCUCUGCAUGUUCGUGCUGAGCUCCAUCAACGAGCGCAUCAAGGACCGGCUGCAGUCCUGCUACAGAGGAGAGGGCUUCCUGGACCUCGCCUGGCUUAAAGUGAAGGACAUCCCGUGUGUUCCCGCGCCUGUUCCCAUAGACGACAGCUUUUGUGGACUGGACAUUAAUGCUCCAUUAGGUGGCUCCACUCUCAUGCAAGGCAUCCCUCUGUUCUCCGAGGACCAAGACCGAAUGAGCUCAGUAAUUUCAUACGUUUACAACGACCAUUCCCUGGUGUUUGUGGGAACUAAGAGCGGAAAGCUUAAAAAGAUCCGUGUAGAUGGGCCUUCCCAUGGUGCCCUGCAGUAUGAGACCAUUCAGGUCGUGGAGAGUGGUGCCAUUCUGCGAGACAUGUCAUUGUCCAUGGAUCAUCAAUACCUCUAUGUCAUGUCAGAAAAGCAGCUGACCAGAGUGCCUGUGGAGACUUGUGGACAGUACCAGACGUGCACCGAAUGUCUGGGUUCUGGAGACCCUCACUGUGGCUGGUGUGUGCUGCAUAACACGUGCACGAGGAAAGAUAAAUGCAAGCGUUCCACUGAGCACCGAAGGUUUGCGUCCGACAUCAAGCAGUGCGUCAGCCUCACUGUGAACCCGAGCAACAUCUCUGUGUCACAGUAUCGCGUCCCGCUGGUGCUGGAAGCUCACAAUGUACCCGAGCUCUCCGCAGGUGUCAACUGUACAUUUGAAGACUUUGCAGAGGUGGAUGGGCUGGUGAUAGGGAACGUGAUCCAGUGCAUUUCACCAGCGGAGAAGGAGGUGCCUCGAAUCCUGACAGACAAAGGAGAUCAUCAAAUUGUGCAGCUUCACCUGAAGUCCAAGGAGACGGGCAUGACCUUUGCUAGCACCAGCUUUGUGUUCUACAACUGCAGUGUCCACCAUUCGUGCCUGUCGUGUGUGAACAGUCCCUAUCAGUGCCACUGGUGUAAAUAUCGACACAUGUGCACACAUGACCCACGGACAUGCUCCUUUCAGGAGGGUCGGGUCAAUGUUUCAGAGGACUGUCCACAGCUGCUCGCUGCUGAGAAGGUUCUAGUGCCUGUUGGAGUAGUGAAGCCCAUCACCCUGAAAUCGAAAAAUCUUCCACAGCCACAAUCAGGUCAGCGAGGGUACGAGUGUAUCCUGAUAAUCCACGGGGUGGAGCAGCGAGUUCCGGCUUUGCGAUUCAACAGCUCCAGUGUCCAGUGUCAGAACACAUCAUACUCCUACGAGGGGACAACAAUCAACAAUCUUCCGGUGGACCUCUCUGUGGUCUGGAAUGGGGACUUCAGCAUUGACAACCCAGCGCACAACCAAGUUCACCUGUACAAGUGCGGCGUGAUGCGGGAGAGCUGCGGCCUGUGUCUGAAGGCAGACCCUGACUUCGAAUGUGGCUGGUGCAGGGGUGAUGGGCGGUGCACGCUCAGGCAGGACUGUCCCGCCUCAGGCGAGCAGUGGCUGGAGCCAUCAGGAACAAACAGGAAAUGUACCAACCCUCGAAUCACUGAGAUAACACCAAUACGAGGGCCCAGGGAAGGUGGAACAAAAGUGACGAUCUACGGGGAGAACCUGGGUCUGAGUUUCUGGGAGAUUGAAAGUUUUGUACGUGUGGCUGGAGUUGAUUGUAUCCCGUUGCCAGAUGGAUACAUUCCAGCGGAACAGAUCAUGUGUGAGAUGGGGGUGGCACCUCGCAGUCAAUUCGCUGGCUUUGUGGAGGUCUGUGUGGAAGAAUGUAAGCAGGAGUUCAUGGCAAAGUCAACACAGCUCUACAGCUUUGUGCUCCCAACUCUAAAAGACCUGACACCGAACAAAGGCCCAUUGUCAGGGGGAACAAUGGUCACCAUUCGGGGCAGAAACCUGGAUGCCGGAAGCAAUGUCUCAGUUAUGUUUGGAGAACAGCCUUGUGUGUUUGACAGGAGGUUUGCUGGGGGAAUUAUUUGUAAUUCUACCUCUGCACAAGAAAAGGGUAACGUCAGUGUGGUGGUGGGAGUAGACAAGGCGAGGAUUGAGAAGGAACUGUGGUUUGUAUAUGUGGACGAUCCCACUGUCGUGAAGAUUGAACCAGAAUGGAGCAUAGUCAGUGGGAGCACACCCGUUAUGGUAUGGGGAACAAACCUGGACAUCAUCCAGAAUCCUAAAAUCCGGGCUAAGCAGAAUGGCUUGGAAACAAUCAAUACGUGCAAGGUACACAAUUCGACCACUAUGAUCUGUCAGGCCCCAGCCCUGGCAAUCGGUCAGAACCAGCAGACUGAUAACACGGAGCGUCCUGAUGAGUUUGGAUUUAUCCUGGACAAUGUGCAGACGUUGCUGAUUUACAACAACACAAACUUCAUCUACUACCCCAAUCCUGUGUUUGAACCCCUGAGUACCUCGGGAGUUUUGGAACUGAAGCCUGGGUCUCCCAUUAUCCUGAAGGGCCGGAACCUCAUCCCUUCCGUUGCCGCUGGUAACAUGAAGCUGAAUUACACGGUGCUGAUUGGAGAGAAACCAUGUACCGUUACAGUGUCGGACACUCAGCUCCUUUGCGAGUCUCCAAAUCUUACCGGACGGCACAGAGUACUGGCGCGGGUUGGAGGCCUGGAGUAUUCCCCUGGCACAGUGCACAUUUUCCCAGACAGCCCGCUGAGCUUCCCAGCCAUAAUCAGCAUCGGCGCAGCUGGGGGUCUUCUCAUCAUCUUCAUUAUUGUGGUACUAAUCGCCUAUAAGAGGAAAUCUCGGGAAAGCGAUUUGACGCUGAAGAGGCUACAGAUGCAGAUGGAUAACCUGGAGUCACGGGUAGCCCUGGAAUGUAAAGAAGCCUUUGCAGAGCUUCAGACUGAUAUCAAUGAGCUGACCAGUGAUUUAGACGGUACAGGGAUCCCCUUCCUAGAUUACCGGGCCUAUACCAUGCGAGUUCUCUUCCCAGGAAUCGAAGACCAUCCCGUUCUCCGAGAGUUGGAGGUUCCCGGCUAUAGACAAGAGCGGGUGGAGAAGGGCUUGACGCUGUUUGGGCAGCUCAUCAACAACAAAGUGUUCUUACUGACCUUCAUCCGGACACUGGAGUCCCAGCGGAGUUUCUCCAUGAGGGACCGAGGAAAUGUGGCUUCACUCAUCAUGACCGUCCUUCAGACUAAGCUGGAGUACGCCACCGAUGUCUUGAAGCAGCUGCUUUCUGACCUUAUUGACAAGAACCUGGAGAGCAAGAACCAUCCCAAACUUCUGCUGAGGAGGACUGAAUCUGUGGCAGAAAAGAUGCUUACCAACUGGUUUACGUUCCUGCUGUAUAAAUUCCUUAAGGAAUGUGCAGGGGAGCCUUUGUUCAUGCUUUUCUGCGCCAUCAAGCAGCAGAUGGAGAAGGGACCAAUCGACUCAAUCACAGGAGAGGCACGCUAUUCACUCAGUGAGGACAAGCUCAUCAGGCAGCAGAUAGACUACAAGACGCUGGUUCUAUAUUGUGUGAAUCCAGAUAACGAGAACAGCCCUGAAAUUUCCACCAAGACGCUGAACUGUGAUACUAUCACCCAGGUCAAGGAGAAGAUUCUAGACGCUAUCUUCAAGAAUUUACCGUGCUCUCACAGACCGAAAGCUGCCGACAUGGACUUGGAGUGGCGACAGGGAAGGAUGGCCAGGGUGAUUCUGCAGGACGAGGAUGUCACUACGAAGAUAGAGAAUGACUGGAAGAGGCUGAAUACACUAGCACAUUAUCAGGUGACAGAUGGCUCUGUGGUUGCCCUGGUGCCCAAACAAACAACUGCGUACAAUGCUGCCAAUAACUCGACUGUUUCUCGAACCUCAGCCAGUAAAUACGAAACCAUGAUCCGGUACACGGGCAGUCCUGACAGCCUGCGCUCACGCACUCCAAUGAUCACUCCUGACCUGGAGACUGGAGUCAAGAUCUGGCAUCUGGUCAAGAACCAUGAACAUGGAGACCAAAAGGAGGGUGACCGGGGCAGCAAGAUGGUGUCGGAGAUCUACCUGACCCGACUACUUGCUACAAAGGGAACCCUGCAGAAGUUUGUGGAUGACCUCUUUGAGACCAUCUUCAGCACGGCUCACCGAGGGAGUGCGCUGCCUCUUGCCAUCAAGUACAUGUUCGACUUUCUGGACGAGCAGGCGGACAAGCACCAGAUCCAUGACCCGCACGUCAGACACACAUGGAAGAGCAACUGCUUACCCCUGAGGUUCUGGGUGAAUGUGAUCAAGAAUCCUCAAUUUGUCUUUGACAUUCACAAAAGCAGCAUCACGGACGCCUGCCUCUCGGUCGUAGCCCAGACAUUCAUGGAUUCCUGUUCGACAUCGGAGCACAGGCUGGGUAAAGACUCACCGUCCAACAAGCUGCUUUACGCCAAGGACAUUCCCAACUACAAAAGCUGGGUAGAAAGGUACUAUGCAGACAUUGGAAAAAUGCCAGCCAUCAGCGACCAGGACAUGAAUGCCUACCUAGCAGAGCAGUCCCGAAUGCACACGACUGAAUUCAAUGCAAUGAGUGCCCUCAGUGAAAUCUACUCUUACGUUAGCAAAUACAGUGAGGAGGUAGUCAAUACUCUAGAAUGUGAAGAUCAAUCCAGGAGGCAGAGAUUAGCUUACAAACUUGAACAGGUGGUUGCCCUUAUGUCCAUAGAGAGCUGAGUGGCUCUCCCAAGGAACGCUGGGUAAAAGAAGCCAAGCUGUGCCUGACUAAAGAUGGUCGCCUUUCAAGUGCAAGUUAUGAUUGGUUACAAGCAAAGUCACCUUGAUCAUCUAUCUCUCUUCAUUAUCUCUGUCUCUUCAUCUAUUAUUCUCUCUUGUUCUUUCUCUCACCCAUAACAUUAUUGGAUAUAUCAAAAGGUCAGUGAAAGGUUAAACUACACAAAUCACCUCAUAGUUUUAAAAAAUAAAACAAAUCACUCAAGUAGAAAACAAUUGGCAAGGGACUAAAGCUCACAGUGGUUUUCUCAGCCAUCAUCUCCAAAGGAACUUGACAGCCCUCAUUCUCGCUGUCGAUGUGACAGGAACCAGGAAGGACAGAAAAUCUUCACAUUCUGUGUGAGAUUGCCAGCGAUUUCCUUUGGGACAGAUUGAUAUCUGAUAUGGCUUCAACCAAGCAUUUGCCUUGGGAUGUUUUUGUGGGGGAAUCGGAGACCUUGUCACAGAAAUAUCUUUGAUGAAUAUGAGAUCGAUGAGACAAUAAUAUGGUUUCUUAUUAGGUUGACUUCAUGGCCAGAGAUGGCAGACCUAUGAGAAGCAAAAAUGUGUGCAUGAGUAUUGCAAUUUAUCUGGUGAAGGAGUGUGUGAGAGGGGAAAGAGAGUCCCGCAAAAUGGUGGAGGGCUGAUCUCAACAAUUGGACUUGGGGGUAAAAUUUUUUCCAGAGCUAUGAAUAUGGGUCAUGGUCUAGGGAGAGGAACAAUCAAGACACACACAAACACAUAAACAAAGAAAGGUACUCUAGAUCCUAAACCUUGUGCUAGGAAGUAAGGAAAAACGUGUAGGUGAUCAUGCGAACCCAUUUCAAACAAAUGGACAGAUUCAAUUUUCACCAGAGUCUGGGGACAUUUUGGAACUCUGGGGUACUGGAGAACAAAAAAAAAGGACAUUUGGUUUGGAAACAAUGGAUUAUCCCAGCCAGCGAAGACCAAAGGAUUUCAGUGCUGUUCGAAAAUAAGUGCCACUGUGGAAAAAAAACAAUUUAUUUACAGGUGUCUACCUAAUGUGUGAGGUUCAUUGAGAAAAAAAUACAAAAAAAAAUACGACAAGCUGGCUUCAAACAAGCAUUCCUCUUUAUUUGCACAGGAAGACGGACAGAUUGACAAACUGUGAAUUUUAUUUAUAGGAGAACGAGAUGAAAGAAAAUAAUUGAAUUGUGAAAGCAACAACAUGAUUUGCACGUGUUAGAUGUAGGGGGAGCCAGAACCUUGGCGUGGAAUGGU